ACCAAGAAUACUGACAAUGGAUCAACCUAUUGUAGAACUUGCUGAUAUCGAGCAUCAAAAGGAAAACAUUCAACCACUGCGGAGUGGUCGCAGUGCAGCUGCCCUAGCAGAGAGAUUUGCCGACUCUGCAGCAAAAUGCACUGCUACCAGUAGUACAUAUAAUGUACAGCAGCAGUUACACAUGGCUGAUCUUGAACGUCAGCGUCAGUCGUUGGAGGACGCUCUUGCUUCUGUUUCGGACACUUCAGAUGACGAUCCUUUAGAUCCAUUCCAUCGCUACAUCCGAUGGGUCGAACAAUACUAUUCUCAAGAUCAUCCUUCCUACAUGAGAGUUUUAGAGAAUGCCAUUCGUCGCUUUCGCAAGGACUUUCGCUACAAAAACGAUCCUCGCCAUCUGAUGCUAUGGAUGCGGCUUGCUAAACGCACCCCAAAUCCUGUCGAUAUUUUCAAGUACUUGAGUGUCAACGAAAUUGGACUACAGACAGCCCUGUAUUAUGAAGAGUAUGCUACACUUAUGGAAACCUGUUGCAAAUUUAAAGAAGCGCAAGAGAUUCUUACUCUUGGUAUCAACAGGAAUGCCCAGCCUGUUGAUAGACUUACCCGCUCAAGAAAAGAGUUUUUGGCUCGAAGAUCUACUGCUGCAAUUUCUGAAGAACUUGACCCGACCCUUGAUGAGAACCAGCAAUCUGAUUUAGACUCCAGAAAACCGCUGGAAAAUAUUGUUUCUUCUGCAUCCAGAUCCCAGUCGGCAACUCAGCAACAUCAAGUCUUAUCAUCUCGCUCUGCUAUUGGACAACGACAAGGCAAAAUUAAAGUGUUUGUAGAUGCUGACCCCAAUACAGAUUCUGUUAGUCUUGAAAAUAGAGUCAUGCCCACUACUUCUUUAUCUAAUCCAUGGCCUAUAUAUGACGGCGAAAGCCAGCGGCGUAAAGAGAAUGUUCCUGAACCUACCAAAUGGGUUGGAGCGACUUUUCCCCAAAAGCAACCUCUCAAAAAACCGAUAUCUGCCGAUAUAAAGAUUCCAGUAUACCAAGACAAGUUGGAGCAAGCAUUUGUUGAACCUGAAAAACGCAUAAACCCAAAUGGAAAUCAAACAGUUCUUCACGAAGUGCCUCCAUCUAGCAAACAUACUACACUGCUCCAGUCAUUAGAUCGUGAUUUAUCGCCAGUCAAUAAAAUUGCAGCCCUUCCAACUGUAGAACCUGCCUUACCGCGUCCACCAGUAUUGCCAACGAAUUCUGUCGCUAUCAAUAAGUCUAACGCAGCAAAAGAUUUUGCAUGUGCUUGGAAAAAAGAUUUAUUUUUUGCUGAUGGACUAGAGCUUUCCUUUGAAGAAUAUCGUGCUCAAAUUCCACGAUAUAGGUUUGUUCAAAAAUUAACUUUUCCACUAUCACACACUCAGAAAAAUACCCAAAUUGAUAAUGCACCAAUGGAUAUCUCUAUGAGAUUGAAUAACAAUACCCAGCCCCAAUCAAGUCGAUCAAGAGAUGCUGGAUUGUCCACUCAACCUUUUACUAUUUCCACAAACCAUCAACAAUCAUCUCGGCCUUUUGUUCAACACAAUAUUUCAAAAGCAAAGGAAAUUUCAUCACCAACAAUUAACACCAAAGCAGCAAUGGAAGAUAUUUUCAAAAUGUUUAGUGUACCGCUCACUGCUGAUGAUCCUAAAAACGCUCAAAUAUCUGAGACUGGUGCUGACUGGGACGAUGAUGAAGAAACAAUAUCAAGCAAAAUAUAUCGGCCCACAUCUGCCAAUUUCAAAAUUGGUGUAUUUCAUGAUGAAGAAAACGAAGGCAGUACAUUGCAGCAAAUGAAUGAUCAGGCCGAUUUGGUUCCUAUAUCUCAACGUGUAUUUGGCAGUAAUUUGUCAUCAUCAGCACAACAACUGCCACCUCAUCCCAUGCAGUCUUUGAAAACUGAUCAUGCUACCUCUAUUCUUUUACGUGAAAACAAGGGGCUGAAGAAUGCAAGUCAACAUGCUUUAUCUGGUUUGGCUGACGAAUUACCACUUCAUGGUGCAAAUACUCGACCCACAUCUGAAAAUUCACUUCUUAUGCAUUCAACACCGUACUCAUCAGUUAGAAGUGGCGACGUGAUGCAAGACAAAUCCAUCAAUGUUGAAAGAAACAUGACCACCAUUUCAAGGGCUCGAAUGAUUUUUGGACAAACUCUCGAUCCAAUGACGCCCAUUACCGAGGCUAGUAGUGAACUUGAUCGCACAAUUGGUGGGCUAAGUACUGUUUGCAGCCAAGCUACCUUAUCUGGCAUCUCAACUAUUUUAGAAGAGGUGGAUGAUACCAUGGCAUAUAAACGAAGACCCCUUGACACUGCAUCUGACGAUUUAAAUAUUACUGCUGACACUAAACAGACUCAUGCGAUUUUUGACGAUGAUAACAUGUCUAGGGAGAAAAAAUGCUAUAUCGGUAAUAAAAUUAUUCACUCUAUGAAUGACACAGAUAUAGAUUAUAGCAACUGCGUGCGUAAUCUACACAUGUCCCAUCAAGCAGUAGCUGAACCGUGUUUGCCUCAAAAUGCCAUGACUGGAUACUCUAUGCAAGCACAAGACAAUGACCAAGCUCUUAUUAUUGAUGUUCCCAAUCCUUGUGAUCCAAAUGACAAAAAUAUUCAGCAGACUAUUCUUGCUAUUUCGCCAUCUACAUCUCAAAAGAAUACGUCUCCUAUCUAUGAUCAUGGCGACUCUGACGCAAUUCUCCCGGUUGACAAGAGCCGCAACAAGUACACAGACAUACAUCUUGACUCUGUGGGCGUGCUAAAUGUUCUUGGUCAUUUGGGUAAUGGCGCGUUUGCCCAAGUAUACCUUGUUCAGCGCGAUCUUGACCAACUAGAUGCGCCAUUAAGCGAUGCAGACCUAGCUAAUCUUCUCGACGAUAGCUUUAGUAAUGACUUUAAUGGCUAUGAAGAAAAGAAAUCAUACAAUACUACACUUACACCGCAUAUAUAUGCUCUCAAGAUUCAGUCACCGCCAUCAAGCUGGGAACACUAUAUUCUAUGCACCCUUCAACACCGUGUUCCUGAUGACAUGCUUGAUUCUAUUGUAUGGUGCUACUCCAUGUAUAUGUAUAGAAACUGCUCCAUGAUGCUUCUUCCACAUUGUAAAUACGGAUCAAUACUUGAUUGUUUGAAUACUGUAUCUACAAACUCCUAUGGCGUUGAUGGUGCUGGCGUCAAUGAGGCUUUGGCUGUAUUUUGGACAAUUGAAAUGCUAAAGAUAGUUGCUGGAAUUCAUGCCGUUGGGGUGAUUCAUGGAGACAUUAAAGCCGAUAACGUCAUGCUGCGGUUUGAAAGCGACUCUGCUAAACAGAGAAAUAUAAGUGAAGCUUCUAGUCUGCAAGCACAGUACCAAGCUGGCGGUAGUGGUGGCUGGUCGAGCAAAGGGCUAAUGGUGGUCGAUUGGGGGAGGAGUAUUGAUCUCAAAAUGUUUGAUAUGGAACAGUUGUUUAUUACUCCAGUGCCUACAGCAAAGUCUAAUACGGGACGUGGCGGAUCAGUGUCAGUGGACGAGUCUAUUGAGUGUCUUGAAGUGCGUACUGGUUGCUGUUGGAAAUUCCAGCCGGAUUGGUAUGGGGUUGCAAGUAUAGCACAUUUACUUUUAUUUCGUACCGAUAUGCAAGUUGUCAAUGACAUGGAUGCUCAACCAUUUGGCCAACAAACACGGCUUAAACUUAAACGACCGCUGAAGCGCAACUGGCAAACAGGACUAUGGACAAGAUUGUUUGAUAUCUUGCUCAACAGUGGGAUGUAUGGUGCAGGGACCGCCGAUGAUUGUAUAGCUGCUAUUGAUCCUGUUCGAGUAGAGUUUGAGCAGUGGUUGGAGAAAUCAAGCGUACGUGGAUCUACUAUGCUGAGGGGGCUAUUAUCUUCUGUUCAAGCAACUGCAAUGGAAAAACGGAGGCAUCAGGCACGCUGA